AUGAUACUCCGUGUUCUUAGUCUUCUUGUUUUAAUUUCAUCAUGUCAGUCAAUGACUUUGUCACGAGUCCAACGACGACCACAACACGAUCCCGAUUGUGAUUUCAAUAUCACACAAUUGAUUCAAAGUAAAGGUUAUCCAUGUGAAGAACAUAAAGUGAUUACAAAAGAUGGGUAUAUUCUUGGUGUUUAUCGUAUUCCACACGGUCGAAACUCAUCAUCACCAGGUCGACCUGUUCUUCUUCAACAUGGUUUAAUCGAUUCAGCAGUAACAUGGGUAAUGAAUUUUCCUGAUCAAAGCCUUGGAUUUAUGCUUGCCGAUGCUGGUUAUGAUGUUUGGCUUGGUAAUGUUCGUGGAAAUUAUUAUUCACGUGCUCAUAUCAAAUACAAUCCUGAUCAUGAUACAGAAUUCUGGAACUUUAGUUGGGAUGAUAUGGCAAGAGAUGAUCUUCCAUCAAUGAUUUAUUACAUUUUAAAUGUCACACAACAGACACAAAUCGGUUAUGUCGGUCAUUCACAAGGUACUCUGAUUGGUUUUGCUCAAUUUGGAGGUUUGAAUAAUAUUGUUCAAAAUAAUGUCAGUUUUUUUGGCGCUCUGGCUCCUGUUGCUCAUAUAACACAUAUAAAAUCACCAUUAAAAUAUUUAUUCAAUAAUCUAAUGGCUCCUGAACAUUUUUGGCACUUAUUAUUUGGUAAUAAAGAGUUCUUUGCAUCAUCAAACAAUAUCAAAUGGUUGGCAAAACAUGCAUGUGGAAAUAUUAUACUUAAUCCAUUGAUUUGUGAAAAUAUUCUAUUUAUUAUAUGUGGACCAGACAACAAAAAUCUGAAUCAUACACGAACGGAAGUUUAUAUAUCACAUGAACCAGAUGGAACAUCUGUAAAAAAUAUGAUUCAUUUUGCACAAAUGUUUCUUUCGAAACAAUUUCAAGCAUAUGAUUAUGGUUCAACAGAUAAAAAUCGAUUACAUUACAAUCAAAUAACUCCACCAAUAUAUUCUAUUCGUCCAAUGAAAAUACCAACAGCAAUAUUUUGGUCACGUGAAGAUUGGCUAGCUGAUCCGGAAGAUGUUACUUUCAUUUUGGAUAAUAUCCAGAAUUUAGUUUAUAAGAAAUAUAUUUCAGAUUAUAAUCAUCUUGAUUUUGUAUGGGCUCUAACAGCAAAUAAAGUUAUCUAUCAGGAUUUAAUUAAUCAAAUGCAAAAAUAUCAUCCGUCGAAAUAA